AUGUCGGUUACAACAGACUCCGAAGCAUCUCGAGAAAGAAUUAUAUUAAACGUUGGUGGUGUAAAGUAUGAAACUUAUCGUUCUACUCUAAUCGCUUAUCCCACAACACUUCUCGGAACAAUGUUUGCUGAUAGAAAUAAAGAGUUGUUGAGUCCAGUUAAUGGUGAACAUUUUAUUGAUAGAGAUGGACAAUUAUUCCGAUAUAUUUUACAGUUUUAUCGUACAGGAAAAGUUCAUUGGCAUGACAUUCACUUGACUAGUUCUUCAUCCAUUGACAUUACGCCAACAACCUAUAAUAUUACAGUUUCUCGAGAUGAAUUAUUUGCAGAAAUCGAUUAUUUUCAACUUCCAAUCCCAUUACCAUUGUCUCAGCCUGAACCCCCAUUAUUAUCUCAACAAGCUCAAAAGGCAGCCGCCUUAAAACUUGAUGAAUUCAUUCAAGCAUUUCAAAAAUGUAUUUUUGAAGCAAUGCAAUUUUUUGAGACUACUAUACCAUUUACAUUUUAUCGAAUAGUACGAGAAAAUCAGGAACUUCGCUGGGACGAACAUGAAAAGGUUGCUCCAUUUGUUAAAUAUCUCAGACCAUUUGCUCCCUAUGUUGGUUAUGAACUUUUGGAUAGGUUUGGCAUAGAAAUUAGAAAUCGAUUGAAACUUAAAUUUGGAGAUGAUUUGGAUUGGAAAUUAGAAAAACAUAGUGAUACUAAAAUGGAUUUUUAUAGAUUAGCUAUUAAUAUUCCUGAAGAUGUUUAUGAUAAUAGCAAAAUUUUACAAUAUUCUUCUUAUCCUGAUUCGUAA